GCCCCGCCGCGCUCGCACGGCUACGUUCGGGCUCCCAGGCAUCCGCCCCCUUUCAGCGACUCUGAGCCGCUCCGACUGUCCCCAGAGUGGGGAGGGAGGAAAGACGUGGAGCGGGUGCUGCAGGACCUCUGGGCUUUGCGCAGCUCAUGCUAGUCUCCAGCUUCCGGCGCAGCCUGUGCCCCUGCGGAGCGUCCCUGUACUUGCACACCCAGUUGAGCCCGCAGUUGGUACUCUCUGGCUAGUUCGAAGUUUCAGCGGCUGAAGACUUGCGGUGGGGGAAAGGAGACACCGGUGUGGAGCUCUUGGGAGACUGGGGCUGACUCAUCUAGAGUCCCUGGCUCCCCUCUGGCUGCACUUGGAAACUUUGCUCUGUGUUUCGGUCUUUGUCUCUUUUGGGGAAGCUGGACAGCAGUUCGGCAGGCCCGGUCCCUGGCCAGGACCGCACACUGGGGGCCAUGGAGUUCACGGCAUCGCCCAAGCCCCAGCUUUCUUCCAGGGCCAACGCCUUCUCCAUCGCCGCGCUGAUGUCGAGCGGCGGCUCCAAAGAGAAGGAAGCUACGGAGAACACCAUCAAACCACUGGAACAAUUUGUUGAGAAGUCUUCCUGCGCUCAGCCCCUGGGAGAGCUGACCAGCCUAGAUGCUCCUGGGGAGUUUGGCGGCAGUGGUGCGGGCGGCAGCAGCCCCUCCUCCUCCUCUCUGUGCACUGAGCCACUGAUCCCCACCACCCCCGUCAUCCCCAGCGAGGAAAUGGCCAAAAUUGCCUGCAGCCUGGAGACCAAGGAGCUCUGGGACAAAUUCCAUGAGCUAGGCACGGAGAUGAUCAUCACCAAGUCUGGCAGGAGGAUGUUUCCUACCAUCCGUGUGUCCUUUUCCGGUGUGGAUUCUGAGGCCAAGUACAUAGUCCUGAUGGACAUCGUCCCUGUGGACAACAAGAGGUACCGCUAUGCCUACCACCGGUCCUCUUGGCUGGUGGCUGGCAAAGCGGACCCUCCACUGCCAGCCAGGUUGUAUGUACAUCCAGACUCUCCUUUUACUGGCGAGCAGCUACUCAAACAGAUGGUGUCUUUUGAAAAGGUGAAACUCACAAACAAUGAACUGGAUCAACAUGGCCAUAUAAUUUUGAACUCAAUGCAUAAGUACCAGCCACGGGUGCACAUCAUUAAGAAGAAAGACCACACAGCCUCAUUACUCAAUCUGAAGUCUGAAGAAUUCAGAACAUUCAUCUUUCCAGAAACAGUUUUUACAGCGGUCACUGCCUACCAGAAUCAACUGAUAACCAAGCUGAAAAUAGAUAGUAACCCUUUUGCCAAAGGAUUCCGGGACUCCUCCAGGCUCACAGACAUUGAGAGGGAAAGUGUGGAGAGCCUGAUUCAAAAGCAUUCCUAUGCCCGCUCACCCAUCCGUACCUAUGGAGGAGAAGAGGAUGUGCUAGGGGAUGAGCUUCAGACAACACAAAACCGAGGAUCAGCCUUUACAACAUCUGAUAAUUUGUCUCUUAGCUCCUGGGUAUCGUCUUCGUCCAGUUUUCCUGCAUUUCAGCACCCACAGUCCCUGACUGCUCUUGGCACCAGCACGGCAUCCAUAGCAACACCCAUUCCUCACCCCAUACAGGGCUCUCUGCCACCAUACAGCCGACUUGGCAUGCCUCUGACCCCAUCAGCCAUUGCCAGCUCCAUGCAGGGGAGUGGCCCGACAUUCCCCUCAUUCCACAUGCCCCGGUAUCAUCACUACUUUCAGCAGGGUCCCUAUGCUGCUAUCCAAGGACUGCGCCAUUCCUCUGCUGUGAUGACGCCAUUUGUAUGACUCUUCUAAAAGGAGAGUCCAGAUCCAGAAUGUGCAGAUGGGUAUGGAAAUAUAGGACGGGGUUGGGUGGGUGGGGUGUGGGGUGUUGGAGCAGGGGCUCUCCAGGAGACAUGGGACCUAUGAAAGAGGAGAGCUGGACUCAACAAUAAAACUUACCACUGAGGGAAAGCACCAUGGACCAGGCUUCAUCUGUAGCUGGGGGACAGCUUUUGAGUUGGAGAGAGGAUCAGUAUAAAGUUCUUAGCCAGCCUAAGUCCUGGAACUAAAAGGAUAUCAAUUUACCCAGAAAGUGUAAUAAUACAAAGCAGAUGAAUCUUAAGGUGCAUUAUUCCUAGUGGUUAAAAAUGCUGUGUCAAUGCAGUAGUGUAUAAAGUCAACACGUAUAGGUUUUCUUUCCAGUUUCCACAGGUUAAAAGAAUCUUCAAAGAGGCAAUACUGUAUAACAUACUGACCACAAUGGAUAAUGACUAACUUAAGUCAAUUCUGUCUGUGGAAACGAGAGCCAAUAGAGAAAUAUUUAUAGUGCUGUAGCUCAAGCAUGUUUAGUUUUCCUUUGUGUUGGUUUGCUGGGGAAGGAGCUGAGAUAAUGCUAAUGCAUCCCAUUUUGUGGAUGAGUAGGUGGUAAUGACUUCACAAAGUUCUUUCUAUAAUAUUGAAGGGCCAGUACCUGACAAGUUCCUUUUCACAGUCUUGUCUUCUUUCUUCCUAAUUCUGUUUCUUGCAAUUAUUUGCCAUCUAUGUAGGAAAAAUUUUCCAUAUACAAUUGUGCAAUUAGAGGCUCUGUAUGUUACAUUGUAAAACUGAAGUUCUCUUUUUCUAGGCUGCGUUGUAAAUACACUGCUUACUUAUUCACUGAGGGACACUCUAAAGUCUCUACACCUUGACAUGUGAGACUUUCUUUCACUUAACAGCUAUAAUAAAAAGAUGGUUGCCCUGUUCUGAAAGGAAUUUUUCUGCCAUGAGUACCAAAGUCCCCUUCAUUUUUGCUUCAUCUUUGAGAGACCUUUGUUUGCUGUUGUUUAAUCACUAAGUUGUAUCUGACUCUUUUAUGACCCCCCUUGGCUGUACCCUACCAGGCUCCUCUGU